ACACUUCUAGACAUUAUAUACUUUUCAUUUGUUACUUGUGGUUUCAUAGCAUCGAAACCAUGGAGGCUCUUGUGAAGGCGCCGCCGUGCCGUUUUUUUUCAAGGUCGCUCGUCGCAAUGAUGGUGGUUCUAUUAUUAUUAUUAGGUGGGUGGAGCGGGGAAGCCGAGGGUUUGGUGAAGCUGCCGCCAAAUUUGAAAGUUCCGGCGGUGUUCGUGUUAGGAGAUUCCGUCAUGGACACCGGCAACAACAACGAUUUGGCCUCACUGGCUAAGUGCAAUUACCUUCCUUAUGGCAGAGACUUCAAAGGCGGCGUUGCCACCGGCCGGUGUUGCAACGGAAAAGUUCCUUCUGAUAUUAUAGUUGAGGAACUGGGCAUCAAGGAGCUGUUGCCGCCAUACAAGGACAAAAAUCUGAAGCCUCAAGAUCUGCUCACCGGAGUCAACUUUGCCUCCGCCGCCGCCGGAUAUGAUCCUCUCACUUCCCAGCUUGCAAGAGCGACCCCAAUGACGGAUCAAGUGAAAUGGUUCAAGGAUUACAGAGAGAGGAUAACAGGACUAGUUGGAGAGAAACGAACAAGGUUCAUAAUGGAGAACAGUGUGGUGGUGGUGGUGGCGGGCAGCGACGACAUCGCCAACACAUAUUAUGGCGCUCGCACCAGACAACUCCAGUACGAUGUCCCCGCUUACACUGACUUAAUGGUCAAAGGUGCCUCCGACAUCGUCAAGGGAUUAUAUGAGGUGGGGUCACGAAGAAUCGGAGUGUUCGGGGCGCCUCCGAUCGGGUGUGUGCCGUCACAGAGAACUUUAGCCGGAGGAAUUCAGAGAAAGUGUGCAGAAAAAGAAAACGCGGCCGCUAGGCUAUUUAACUCAAAGCUGGAAAAUCGCUUGCGGGAGCUGGAACGUACUCUUGCCAAUAGCACUAUCCGUUACGUGGACAUAUACAACCCUCUUCUUGAUGUCAUUGUCAACUACAAAAAAUAUGGAUAUAAAGUGCCGGACAGGGGUUGUUGUGGGACGGGCAUUAUAGAGGCAGCAUUUCUGUGCAACCGAUACACUCCGACGUGCCCGGAUAUACAAAAUUAUGUGUUUUGGGACACUUUCCAUCCUACCGAAGGAACCUACAGAAAGCUCAUUCCUCCCAUUCUUCAGAAAUACGUGGAUGACUACGCCCGCGGUAUUACGGAAAGCAAGGAAGCAGCGGGCACAAUGGUUGCAGUACGUGGCGGGGAGAGAGUGUUGGAAGUGUUUGGGGCGGUGAUAAUAGUGUUAUCAGUGCUAUGGUGGAAAACGGAGGGGCUGCUGAAGCUGCCGGAAAACGUGACGGUGCCGGCUGUGUUAGUGCUCGGGGAUUCCAUAAUGGACACGGGGAACAAUAACCAAAACCCUACGACGUUAGCUCGAUGCAAUUACAGGCCUUAUGGCAAAGACUUUGAAGGUGGCGUCCCCACCGGCCGAUUCGGCAACGGAAAAGUUCCCCCCGAUCUCAUUGUGGAAGAAUUGGGAAUCAAGGAACUGCUGCCGGCAUAUUUGGAUCCGAAUCUCCGGCCCGAGGAUCUGCCCACCGGCGUCAACUUUGCAUCCGGCGGCACGGGAUACGAUCCUUUGACCCCCAAAUUAGCGUCAGCAAUAUCGUUGCCUGAUCAAGUAGAGCUUCUCCGACAAUACAAGGAGAAGCUAAAGGCAGUUGUUGGAGAAGAAAGAAGAGAUUUCAUCAUGUCGAACAGCCUCGUUUUCGUGGUAGCAGGAAGUAAUGACAUUGCCAACACUUACUUCUCGUCUCGCACCAGGCAAGUCCACUACGAUGUUCCUGCUUACACGGACCUUAUGGCCACUUCAGCUUCUAACUUAGUAAAGGAUUUAUACGAAGCGGGGGUAAGAAGAGUGGGAGUGUUCAGUGCGCCGCCAAUAGGAUGUGUUCCAUCCCAGAGAACAUUAGCCGGAGGAGUAGAAAGAAAAUGCGUAGACACAUACAACGAGGCAGCGGAGUUAUUUAACUCCAAGCUCUCCAAAGAGAUGGCUUCCCUGAAUCGCCAAUUGCCCAGCAGCAGAAUUGUUUACAUUGAUGUUUACAGCCCUCUGCUUGAUGUAAUCCUCAACUACCAAAAAUAUGGAUUCAAGGUCGGGGAUAAAGGAUGCUGUGGCACUGGCAAAAUAGAGGUGACAGAGUUAUGCAAUCAUCUUACACAGACAUGCCCCGUUGAUUCAGAAUAUGUGUUCUGGGAUAGUUUUCAUCCAACUGAAGCUGCUUACAGAAAGCUCAUCCUUCCCACCCUCACUAAAUAUAUGGACCUAUUCUUCUGA